AUGAGAAGACUCGGAAAACUCAAAGCGUUGCUAGCCGCAGCAGCCGCAUGCUAUGCUAUCGGAGCGCUUUUGGCGGGCUUACACUCCUGGAGAGUUGGAGGGGCGAAGGGUGCGUACUCUGCUCGAGCUUCGCAGGACAGUUUACUGGCCGUCGUUGUGCCCAUCUACGAUGGCGACGAAGAACCGGCGAUGGCCGCCCUUUCCACGUGGCCAACGACCUGCUACCACAGCACACUGUCCCGUAUGGACCUCGUGAUCUACAAGGCCGAAGCUCUUACGGAUGGGGACCACCUCCCUCAAAUCCCGCAUGAGGCAUCAAAAUGCUUUCGGCACACCAAGAUUAUCGGAGGAGAUCUCAUCCCAGAGGUGGGUGUCUUUUUCCCUGCUUUACCGAGACUAUUGUAA